UGAAGUUUGAAUUAAAUAUUGCAAAACAUGGGGUCAUUAGAUUUCAUUAACGAGGCAGAUGUCAAGUGUAGUAGAUCAAUCCAUAGACUACAACUGGGCAUUAUGGAAUACAUCCUCGUAUUUUUUGGAUUCAUCUUCAACCAAUACCUUAUCUGGUUGGUGCCGUUUUACAUUUAUAAGUCCUGAUUUGACAAUAAUGUGCCAAAUGAGAUAAUAGUGCGUAUUGAUUCCUCAAAACAAGAAGAAACUCAAGUAGCUGCAGUAAUGAUCAUAUUCUACCUUGUUUCCGUAGUCUUUACAGUUAUUAGCACCCAGAGUUGCAAGAAGAUCUUUGGAAGAGUUCGUCCAUCCAUGGUAAAUAUGAACCAGAAGUUUAACCUGAGAAAGCUUGAAGGUAACUGCUCCAUGCCUAGCGGAGAUACAGCACAAGCAGCAAACUGGAGUGUUUUUAUGGCGGUUAACUUCUGAAUUGAGAAUUCCUUUAAUCAGUAUCUGUUCUUACAUGCCUGGGUACCCAUAGCGUUUGCCAGAAUUUAUUUCCAAUGCCAUUGGGUAAGCGAUACGGUAGUCGGAGCAGCUAUUGGUAUUGGUGUGGCCUCAUUUUGUGAUCUGUUUAAAGAAAGUAUUAUCCAAAUCAUAAUCUCCACCCUGGAUCUACUCUACUAACCUAAAAUCUUUGAAUGAGCACAAAAAACAUCAUUAUUCAAUUA